GUGGUGUUUUAGAACACAGAGCAAGUGGGACUGUGAGUGUGUGACACAGCAAAAGAGGAAGGGAGAAGGCAGUCAGCCAAAAAACAUUUCUAAUGAAGUAAAAACAAAUAAUGGGAGCUACAACAUAAAAAAGGAAUACUUUCAGAUUGUAUGGGAGACCAGGAGAAUAUUUGGAGAUCAUGGAGAGUGUGAGCACGCCUGCCGUGUUCAACCUAUCGGAUCUAUCAGUGGAGAUGAACUCGUCGUCUCGCCAGUGGUCUUACUCGGAGUACAGCGAGGCCGUGGCGGUGCUACUAGGCAUCCUCAUGGCCCUGCUAGUGAUGGGCAUCGUCUUUGGCAACGUGCUGGUCAUCACCGCCAUCGUGCGCUUCCAGCGGCUGCAGACGGUCACCAACAUGUUCAUCACCUCUCUGGCCUGUGCUGACCUGGUCAUGGGCCUGCUGGUGGUGCCCUUCGGCGCCUGCUACAUCCUCCUCAACACCUGGCACUUUGGCAGCUUUCUCUGCGAGUUCUGGACGGCGGCGGAUGUCUUGUGUGUGACGGCCAGCAUCGAGACGCUGUGUGUGAUCGCACUGGACCGCUACCUGGCCAUCACGUCGCCGCUGCGCUACCCGUCCCUGCUGACCAAGCGUAAGGCGUGCGUGGUGGUGGUGACGGUGUGGGGGGUGGCCGCCCUCAUCUCCUUCCUGCCCAUCCACAUGAAGUGGUGGGUGUCUGAUGAGCCCGAGGCACUCAGCUGCCUGGAAGAUGCCCACUGCUGUGACUUCAACACCAACGCUGCCUACGCCGUAGCCUCCUCUGUCGUCUCCUUCUACAUUCCCCUGGCGGUCAUGGCCUUUGUCUACGGACGUGUCUUCCAGGAGGCCAGGAAGCAGCUGGAGAAGAUCCGUGGCAGCGAGGGGCGCUUCCACGCCCAGAUGAUCGACAACAACCAGGGGCAGGAUGGUGGGGACGGGAGCGGAGGAGGAGGGGGGAACGGGAAGAGACCUAAGUUCUGUCUGAAGGAACACAAAGCCCUAAAGACGCUGGGAAUCAUCAUGGGCACCUUUACCCUCUGCUGGCUGCCCUUCUUUGUGCUCAACGUGGUGGUGACCAUCUGGAAGGUGGACAACAUUAAAAUGCCUUUCAGGAUAUUGAACUGGAUAGGAUAUGCCAACUCAGCGUUCAACCCCCUCAUAUACUGCAGGAGUCCUGAGUUCAGGCAUGCCUUCCAGGAGAUUCUGUGCCUGAGAGGGGCUGCUUUCCCCACCAAUGGAUACAUAUAUAGGGGUCACAGCUUGCGCCUAAGCCCCAAGGACAAGCCAAGCAGUCUUUCACAUAACGCGGGGACCGUGGAGCUGGGGAUUGGCUCUCUGUCUAGUGUCACCAACAUAAACGGGUAUUGCAAUAAUCCUCCUCUUGCCUCCAUUGUCUGAAGCGCAGGGUGUUACAAUGAGACUUGUCUUUCUCGUUUAGUUAGACCCGGUACGCAGACACGGGAUAGGAAAUGACAUGUGAAUCUCUUUCCAUAUUUAAAUGCGCUACUAUAAGAAUAUUAUUCUAGUAAUGUGUAGGUUAUUAAAUGUUUGUAAUACUUUUCCUCUUAAUAUUGAACAAAGUCUGCAAAAUACUUAGGGAGUCUAUGGUUUGCGGAUGUGAUCAUGUGUGUGUGUGUGUGUGGUUUGUGGACAUGAGUAUGUGCACAUGUUAUGUACUCUAGUGCUUACUCCUGUGUGCAAAUGAACACCACGGUUCAGGUACUAGGUUCAAGUAUUUCAAGUGCAGUUGCACAAACAUUUGUUAUAUUGUUCUAAGUUAAAACAAAUUACCUCAUCAGCAUCAUUUUCGAUUCAGCUCCUUAUCUUAAGAGCUCCGAGAACAAAUAAUGAUAGUCUGUUUGUAUGUUGUAUGAAAAAUUAAUAAUGUUGCUAGUUGAACUGACAGUUCUUUACUGGCAGCGGGCUGAAUGAGAUAGAAAUGCCAGGGUAGGAGAGGUAGGAGAGAAUUAACAAGCAGAACAAGAGAUCAAAUCAGGGUUAACAGUAAUAUCUGUGACCCCCACUAGUGGCUGUAGCCAGCUCUCUAUCUGUAACACAUUCCAUAUUGAUCUGGGUCUCUCCCAGAGCCAGCUCAGGGACUUCUGUCUGUGUGAUUCUGUACACUCCCUCUGCCACGGCCCAGAAAUCCAACUCUCUGAUGAGGGACAGCAGGUGCACAUAAUCACAGGCAGGCGCUAUUACCAGCUACACCACGCACGUUGCCCCAUUCCUCCAACCACCCUUCAAUACCUCAACCUUCACCUCCCCCCUCAAUAUCACCAUUUAAUAACUGAGGUUACAGACGCCUGUCCUGCCGCCUCUCAGACAGUGAAUAAGGACACACAGACAGAGAAGUCUUUAAUGUGGACCUUACUUUUGUGACUCAAUAACCCCUGCAAGUACAGUGGUCAGAGCAGCAAUACCUCAAUGCUGGGUAGUGUGACCACCACUGUACGUCAUUCUGAUACCAAUAUCCAGCCAGUAUACUUAGUCUGUAAAGCUAUGUUUAGGGAUUGCUUUCACACUCUACCGUGCUCGUUUUCUUUGUUAAUGACUAGCGUGGAUACUGAGAACUGUUGCUGAUGUUACUGUGCUGCUCUCCGUUAUUGUUGCUCUUGUGUUGUUGCUGUGAAGUUUCAGUGUUUACAGAGAUUCCUGGACCAACCGUCUGAUUGGGGAUACAAUUAAAGUGUACCAUACAUUUACACAAUGUACUGACUAGCUAAAAGAUAAGGAAAUAAACCCCUACACUAUAGCUUCUGCAGAAUCUGCACAUAUUCUUGUCUAAGGAAGAUAAACUGUAAGAUUUUCAGAAGCAAUUAUAAGUGCCUUGCUCAAGGGCACAUCAAUAGAUUUUUCACCUGGUCAGCUCAGGGAUUUGAACCAGAAACCUUCCAGCUACUGGACCAAUGCUCUUAACCGCUAGGCUAUCUGCCGCCACAGUAGUGAUGAAUGAUGUAGGAGUCUGGGUGGAUUUUGUCCAGGUGUUAAUGAAUAGAAACCUUGGUAUCACAUUCAGACUGUAAUGAACUAGGUUAACGGUGUAGCACACAGUGUACUUGCACCACAAUGUAUUCGUAGCCCGUAUCUCAGCAUCAUGUCAGCCAGCCAAGUGGAAAAAGUUAAUCUAAAAUGUUCACUUGCUGUAAAUGUUCAUCAUUUUAAAAGAACAUUCUUAGUAUAUAGGCCUAUGCUAAAUCCUAUUACUUUACAAUUGUUUGGAUAGCUAUGUGUGUGUAUGUGUCUGUCUGUAUGUGCCUGUGCUAACUGUAUGAGUAUGACUGUGUUUAGACCAUUUUUGGAGCUUUGAAUUCAUAGGAAAAGACGAGGUACCGUGUGUGUUAACUCACUAACCCACCUCUUUUUUUAUGGACACAAGGACACUUUUGAUGCAUGUACUGUAAAUGUGAAUAAUGUAUUAUCCUUACAUCGCAAAAUGUUACCAUGAAUGCAUUGUCAGCUUCAGUCACACACAAAAGUAGGAGAGACAUGGUCUUAGAUAUUUACAUAUACAGUUAUUUCAUUCCACGGAAAACUUUUAUCAUUUGCCAAAUGAAAUUACAUUCUCAGUGAGUUAUCAAAGGCAGCAUAUUUAACAGUGGGAAUUUUUGCUAAAUAUAAUAUUUGCUGGAAAUAUUAACAUUUGAUUUUGUGAUCUGUGCCUUUUCAUGUCUGACAUGUCUGAUAUUAAACCCAUUUUUGUUACA